AUUAUCUAAUAUCAACAAGAUUUUCGAGAGAAUAAUUUUUGAUAAGGUCUUACAUUUUUUUGAAAUAAAUAACAUCUUGGUUAAGCAACAAUGUGGUUUCAGGCAGGGAAAAUCUACAAUAAAUGCAAUGUAUCAGGCACUGAAUUCCAUCAUAAAAUCAUUGAAUAAAAAUCAAGUGACAGCAGCUCUUUGCCUUGAUUUGACAAAAGCAUUUGACAGUGUGAAUCAUAACAUCCUACUAGAAAAAAUGGAAAAAUAUGGAAUAAGAGAAGUUGCACUAGAUCUCUUCAGAUCAUAUUUAACAAGAAGAACUCAAAGAACCACAGAGAGAGGAAGAAAUGGCAAACAGACUGUGACGGAAUGCAAGGAUCAGCUUGAAUGUGACUUGGAAAAUCUUAAAAAGUGGUUCAAAAGAAACGAAUUGGUAAUAAACAUCGAUAAAACAAAAUUGCUUGUCUUUAGGGAAAGAAAUAAAGAAGCCAUAAGCUUGACAUAUCAUGGUUAAACAAUCAAGACAGAGGAUGCAGUACCUUUCCUGGGGAUAUAUAUCGAUGGGGACCUGAGUUGGAAAACACAAAUUGAAAAUCUGUCUACAGGCAUUGCAGGAUAUUGCUAUGCUUUGAGGAUAUUGACCAAUACAAUUAGUGAAGAGACGGCCCUGACAGCUUAUUAUGCCUACGUUCAAUCCAAACUCAGGUACGGAAUAAUUUUCUGGGGUAAUUCUGUUGAGGCUGAGAGAAUAUUCAAAAUGCAGAAGAGAUGCUUGAGAACUACCUUCAAAAUGAAAUACAAUGAGAGCUGUAGAAAUAUAUUUAUUGGUAAUAACUUAUUGACAUUGUACAGUCUGUUUAUUUAUGAAUGUGUAAUGUAUGUAAGCAACAACUUCAAUGAUUUUAAAGAAUUACUGUUAAGUCAUGAAUACAAUACCAGAGGAAAAAAUUAUCUCAGUAGAGAAAAAACAAAUUUUAGUUAUAUACAAAGGAAUGCUGUAUAUUUUAUAAUCACAGUAUGGAAUAAAUUUCCUCAAAAUUUUAAAUGCAUGCCUAUUGCAAUUCAAAAAAAAAGAUUAAAAAUGUUUUUGGCUAGAAAAUGUUAUUAUAGUGUUGGGGAUUUUUUGAAUGAGGGAGAUUUUGUUUCAUUAUAGGUUCAUAUGUAUUGACGUGAUCUACAUCUGUUGAUAUUUGAUCAAAUAUCACAUGAAUC